AUGCUAAAUUUUGUCAAUUCAGUUUUUUUAAAACAGAUACGGAGACACUUUUUAAGUUUAAAUAGUAUCUUAUAUUCCAAAAGGACGUGGCAAACAAAUAUGAAAAGGAAAACAUAUAGAUCAAAAAAGCGGAAAAAGUAUAUACGAGUAGGAGAAACACUAAUAAGAAUUCAAUAG